CUCAUACACACUUAGUCACACCCCUCACACACACUCACACCCCUCACACACACUUAGUCACACCCCUCACACACUCACACAUACACACACAGGGCGGCGGAGAGAGCGCGCGGAGGGUCGCGGUGCUGCUGAAACACUCUGUAGACCACCAGGAGGCCGAGGACGCUCCGGCAAGUUGACUAACCCGCACAAUGACUAACUGACUGACCGCUGCACUGAGUCCGCACUGAGGGGCUUCUGCUCUGUGGCUCAGCUGAAGCAGCUGAAGAAGAACAGAUCCCUCUGAAAAGCAGCUUGUGUGACUGUCUAUCUAUCUAUCUAUCUAUCUAUCUAUCUAUCUAUCUAUCUAUCCAAUCAAUCCAAUUCAUCCAAUCAGUUAAUCUACCAACCAGUUGACCGACUAAUUAAUCAAUUAAUUAAUCAAUAAACACAAUUUAUCUACCUGUCUAUCUGUCUCAGUUAAUCAAUCAAUAAAUCAAUCAAUUCAUAUCUAUCUAUCUAUCUAUCUAUCUAUCUAUCUAUCUAUCUAUCUAUCUAUCCAACCAGUCCAAUUAAUCCAAUCAGUUAAUCUACCAUCCAGUUCAUUGACCAACCAAUUGACCAACUAAUUAAUCAAUUAGUUAAUCAAUAAACACAAUUUAUCUACCUGUCUAUCUUUCUAUUGAUUAAUCAACCAAUCAAUUAAUCAAUCAAUAAAUCAAUCAAUUCAUAUCUAUCUAUCUAUCUAUCUAUCUAUCUAUCUAUCUAUCUGUCUAUCUAUCUAUCUAUCUAUCUAUCUAUCGCGAUGUCUCUCUCUGCCCUCUCUCUCUCUCGCCUGCUCCAAUGCUCUCUCUCCUUGGCCGCUCGCCAUGCGAGUGUGCGUGGGGGCUGGUGUGUGUGUGAGAGUGCGUCGGCGGUCCGCCAGUAUGCUGCUUCUCGUUUGGACGUUGAUGGCAGUGGGCGUCCGGCCACAUGGGACUCAUUUGGUAUUUGGGAUAACCGUAUUGAGGCUCCAAUCCUGCUGCCCCCCAGUAUCCGCUAUGGCACGCCCAUCCCCCAGCUCAGCCUCAGCACGGUGGGCUGCUCAUCACACAUCGGACAGCGACGAAACAACGAGGACCGGCUCAGAGUGACCGAACUCACACCAAACGUACUCUUCUUCGCCUUGUUCGAUGGGCACGGCGGAGCACAGGCUGCAGAUUUCUGCUCCGUACACAUGGAGCGCUACAUCAGAGAUGGUCUGGAGGAAGAGUGGGAUUUGGAGGUGGUAUUAUCUAAAGCCUUCCUGCAGGUGGACGCUGCCCUGGCUGCCCAGAUGCAGAUGUAUGGCAAUGCCUCUCUAAAGACGGUGGGAACCACGGCAACGGUGGCCUUGCUGAGAGACGGGAUAGAGCUGGUGGUGGGCAGUGUUGGAGACAGCCGGGCAAUUCUGUGCAGGAAAGGGAAAGCACACAACCUGACCAGUGACCACACACCAGAGAGAAAGGAUGAGAAACAGAGGAUUCGUAACAGUGGUGGGUUUGUUACGUGGAACAGUCUGGGUCAGCCUAACGUCAACAGCCGUCUGGCCAUGACCCGCAGCAUCGGAGACUUCGACUUGAAGAAGAGUGGGGUCAUCGCAGAACCAGAGACCACUCGCAUUACAGUACAUCACGCUCAUGAUGCGUUUCUGGCUCUGACGACCGACGGCGUAAACUUCAUCAUGAGCAACCAGGAGAUCUGUGACGUCAUCAAGCAGUGCCAUGACCCAGUGGAGGCAGCGCACGUCAUCGCUGAGCAGGCUGUGCAGUACGGCUCUGAGGAUAACAGCACUGUCAUCGUCGUUCCAUUCGGAGCUUGGGGCAAGCAGCAGAACUCCGAGUACAGCUACUCCAUGAGCCGGAAUUUCGCUUCCAGUGGACGCUGGGCCUGAAAGGACAACCUUCAGAUCUUGGAAACUGCAAUUAUACAACAUGAUACAGCUUCAUAACAGCAUUGUGUAACGUAUAUUAUGACAAACUCCCAGAUUCCUUCUAAAGCAAUAUUUUAUAACAGCUGAAAAAUGGACGUUUGGUGUGUCCAGUUAUUUGAGAAUAUUCAUAUUUUAUUUUUGUACCCAUUGGUUUUUCCCCCUGUACAUAUUCUUUGGAUAAAUGUGCUAUCUUAGCAUUCUGACCAGUGCUGUUUGUACUUAUUUGGUUCAAUUCAAUGCAAUUUUUAAUUCAAAAAAACACCUGUGACCUGUGUUUAGGUCAGUGCCGUCAACCAGCAUGCGUUAUCUAGGGCAGCAGUUCAAAUAUAACUAGGUUUAAAUAUGAACCAUAUUAUGGUGACUCAGUGGUCAGUUAUGUUAAGAUAAUCACAACAUCAUUUUAACCUGAUGAUUUCAGUUUGAUUUCAAUUAAAUCACUUAAUUUAAGAUUAA